AGCAACUACUGCAAAGUGUUGCGCGCGGGACAGGCUGCUUUAGCCCACACCACUCAGUGUCCAAGAGAAGACCCAGAGCUCUGCUGCGAGGCGCUCUCACUCAUCACACCCAAUAAUGUGACAGUCAGACGGAAACGUUUGUCAGAUGUUUGAACUCAUCGUCGCUUCAUUCGCGAGCGCGUCUUUCCAGGUGCCACACAGUUUUCCGCCAGUUUCCUGAGUGCUAUCCACGAGGAUACCUGCUCUGAGAUGCGGCAAUGUCCCGAGGAGUAUGCCCACGUGUGAACUGCUGCGGACUCCUGUGGACUGUUUUAGCGGUCAUUUUUGGCAUGCACCUAUGUCACGUGGAUGCGUAUAGCUGUCAUGAAGUGAGGACCGCUUUCCAGCUUCGUUCUGUCGGACCAGUGCAUCGAGUCCCAGAAACACCUGGCGUAGAUGUGGAUCUACUGCUCUGCAAGCACCAGGGACUGUCCUGCUGCACUCGUAAAAUGGAGGAGAGCUACCUGAUCGCUGUCAAAAGAGAGACUCUUCAUAACAUCCAGUCUUACAGCUAUGACCUUGAGCAGCUCUUUUCAGGUCAUGCAGAUGCCUUUCAAGACAUGUUCCAGUACCUUCUAUCCUUCUCACAAGGUCACCUGAGUUCUCUGCUGGAAGGAACUUACCCGUCCCUGUCCCGGCAUGCUCUGCCUCAUGUAAACCAGCUCUUCUCCUCUCUGUCUCAUCACCUGCGUGGGGCCAAUGUCUCUGUGGAGGCUGCAGUUCAUCAGUUUUUCAACAAUCUGUUUCCACUAGUGUACACUCAGCUGAUCAACCCAGGCAUGGACAGGGAGCUCGUGUGGAGCGAGAUGGGCGACUGCUUGCGAAUGAUCAGACAAGACGUCAACCCCUUUGGGCCUCACUCAGCAGUCAUGGCCCAGGAGCUGGCUGGAGCCCUGGGGGCUGGGAAGCAUCUCGGGUUGGCCCUUUCAGAAGGUCUGGAGGUCCUGAAUGCCACUGAACAUGUCAGUUUGAGCAAAGAGUGUGUAAAGGCGCUGGUCAAGAUGGUGUACUGCUCCCACUGCAGAGGCCUGACUCUGAUCAAGCCUUGUGAUGGUCUCUGUCUCAAUGUGAUGCGUGGGUGCUUGGCCAGUGUAUCUGAGCUGGAUCAGCCCUGGAGAAGAUACAUCACACUAUUGGAUCAGCUCACCAACGCUAUGGCGAACCAGCACAGCAUGGAGCUGGCUCUGCUGGGGGUGAGAGGCCAUGUCAGUGAGGCUCUUCUCUAUGCACAGCUCCACGGCCCCGUCAUUACACCCACAGUGGACAAGGUGUGUGGCCUGUCUGCGAGAGAGCACACUGGCAUUAAGCCUACACACUCAGAGGUCACGACCUCCAACAUGAACCUGUCUACUGCUACUCCAUCUGCCUCCCAGCCUCUAUCAGAACAGUGGCUGGACAAGUUAGCUCAUUUAAGAAGCUCGCUCCCCCUGAAACCCUCCAAGAACAAUAAACAUGAUCUGAGAACAUUGUCUAGAGAGUUCCUGACCUAUGUGCGGCGAUACAGGUCAUUCUUUGCGGCCCUGCCAGAGCUGCUGUGUGAGAGGGAGAACGUCAUCGGGGACUCCACAUGCUGGAGCGGAGAUGACGUGGUGGAAAGCUAUACAAGCAGAGUAGUUGGGAACGGUCUGCCCGCCCAGAGGCAAAACCCAGAGGUCAAAGUUCGCUCUCCAGAUCCUGAUCUAAUGGAGGUCAAGGACAGGCUGGAACGCUUCUGUCAGGAAACCUACGAGAGGUUCCCGAAUCUGGGUCAGGUGGAACCCUGGGACGAGCUGGCCAGUGGAGAGGUGGAGGAGGGCAGCACAGACUGUGAUGACGAGGAUGGAUGUCAGGCGUCAGGAGAGGGGCCAGAGAGGACAUCUCAUGUGGACGUCUCGAGUGAAGGGCCUUUGGGGAACCAGCCGAGUGGCGACAGGCUGCCCGUCAAGCCCGUCAAGCCCGUCAUGCCCACAUCGGUGAUGGUGAUCAGGGGCUCGGCCACAUCUCUGCGGCCCCUUCCAUGGAGCUUUGCACUGCUCCUCGCUGCACUUUGCUCACUGUUGACCUUAUGCAGGCUGUGAAUGCUACUGUCCCAAUACCCCCCCGCCCACCCACAGGAAGGAAACCGCUUACACUUUUACACAUUUUCUCAACUUAACGAAACAAGAAGUCAAUAAGCUGACGGAGGACAAUGUUGACAGAGACUUAAGAUGUCAUUUCGCAUAAAACAAAGAAUGAGUAGACAUACAUGCGUACUCAUCUGCAUUGAAAUCUGCUGCUUUCACUGUUUCAGGUAAUUGCAAUAAACGCUUUACUCACAUAUAUAAGCGCUUUAUGGUUUAAACCAGGACUACAUUCUUAAAAGUACACCCACUUUAAAACUGUUAAAUCCACUGGUUCGUUCUGCUGCCAUUUUCCCCUUGUGCUAUCACUGCACAGCACCAUUCUCCAGUAAGGCGGAAGAAUUCAAGUCAUUUUCUUUGGGGGGAUUAUGAGGAAUGCAUGAUGGAUUGAUAGAGGAAACCUGCGCGCCUGAAACCGGAAGAGUCAACGUGAUAAACUCUAAUGACUUUGUACCUUGGCAGGGAUUAGAAUGUAAUGAGUUCACUGGUAGAGCAUGGCACACUGGCACUGGGUGUAACUGUAUAUAGGUAGAGAGAUUUGAUGUAUGAAGAAAAUUUGCCAGUGUUUUUUAUGUGUACAAUUACUUUGAGAGUGCCUGCAAAGCCUUCAGACGUUUCACUGUUAUCAUGAGAAAACCAGGUAUGCACACAUGGUCAUAAGAAGAAAAGUGCCAAAAUUCAAAGUGGUUGCUGUCUCUUUGGAGACGUUUUGUGCGUUCGAUUUUCUUUUGCUUGUGGAAUGGCACACUAAUGCAUGUAUAACCCUGGUAAGCAAGAUUCAAAAUUGACUGACAAAAGAGCAAAACAUUUUUGAUCAAAUUUUGGGCCAUUUCAUUUUUCAAUCAUUUCAUUUCCAAUACUUUUGUUAAAGGACACCUAUUAUGCAGAAUUGGCUUUUUUGGUCUUGUAAUCAUUCAUACCUGAAGUUGUACUUUAAUCCAUUUAUCCCAUUUUUUUACUCUCUCUCUCUGAACUCAAUGCUCCAUUCACACUUUGCCCAGAUUGUUGUAUCAUAGAGUAAAAUCUUUACUUCUCCUACACUUGUAAAGACCAUAAGCAAUCUCUGGAUUCGCCCUACAGUCAUCCUAAAGCUUUCAUUUAUUUUCUCAUUGUUCAUUCACAUUACUGACAGCAGAGGGAGUUUCAACGCUUAAAUUCUUCACUGGAAAUGAGGUGUAGUUUAUAAAGAGUGUUUUCCAAAUAUUACCAAAAUUACUCAGAAACUACUAAUAAAUACUAAUCCCAAGCUGACAAAAAGCAGGUUUAAAAAGGAAUUAAAGCCACAUGAAUGCAUAAUAUGUGUUCUUUAACCGCAGACCUAUACCAAGGCAUUAGUCUAAGGGGUAAAUGCUAUGUUCAUUCAACCAUAAAACCCUUGUAUUUCAUUGUGGUACAUUAUUAAUGCUUCUUUAUUGUCCCCAUAUAGUUUGAACAUCUCCAUCUACUCCACUGUCCACUGAUUCUGACAAUCCAAAAAAUGCAUUAAGUUUUACAUAGAGAUACAUAUCAUAUAUUUAUUUUCUAUUUCACAAAAAUCAUUGAUGACCUCUAAGACUGAGUGAGUGCAAUCGCCAAAUGUGAAGUCACAGAUAUGCAUAAUAAACAAUAAGCUAACUAACUUCCAAAUGUUCCCAACUGGAAAUCCCAUCUUUUACAAUAUUGAAAGAAUGACCCUUAUUAAAAACUAUGCAAUGUCUUCAGCUUUGCCAAUGGAACUGUGUCACAUGCUUUGUUUUCUUGUAAUUCACUGGUGCUUAACCUACUCUCAGCUCUCUCAGCCAUACCCACCACCUGUGUAUAAAUGUACAUAUUUGAAGUCACUUGCCAUUGUUUUGUGUCUUAUUUUCCCCUUUUUUUGUAUUGGUAUUAUCCAGUGUCGCUGAGCUCUAUUAAAAGUGCUCUGCUUUUUU